GCUUUAGUGAGAACUCCUCGCGUGCGCCAAAGAUACAGCCUUAACCCUAAAUCAAUGACGCUGACGAGAGGAUGACGAUACGCAAGUGCGUCGGACUUUGUGGUGGAGAUCAACCAGCAGCAACCGCCAAUGGCCAACACCACUUUGCUUGAGAACGGCAGCACGAAUCGUCUAGCAAACACUACUAGGACACCAUGGGCAAGGAUACCCCUAUCAACACAUGGGAAGAGUACCAUGGACUCGUCUCCAAGCAGAAGGAACUGUUGGCGUACUUGAAGAGCCAGCAGGCAGGACGAGGACAAGCCAAGAUGAUUGAGAGGAUGAACACCCGUGCGACCACUCACAACACUUGGCGUCAAAUGUCGGGAGUUAAACUUGUCGCUCACGAGAUGAACCACCCUGGAAACAAGCCCUUUGUCAUUGGAUUCAUGUCCAUUGCUCUUCUUGGAACCUGGGCCUACCGCAAGGGAUUGAACUCCGAAGAAGCCCAAAAGGAUUCCAAAUACUGGCAACGAUUCCACGCCUCCCACUAAAUUCGUUCAUUAUUAUCGGUAUCGCGAGGUCGUCACUGCUAGUAUGGAACGUACACCACAGUUGAUCUUUUUGAUGCAGAAAAAUAAAAUGGAUGGAUUUUUCAGUGGUGGUAUCAUGGCUCAAAAACAUCUCUAGCGCUGGGUCCAACUGUGUUGCCUUCCAUUAUCUAGAGUAAUUUAUAGUAGUUUCCUUUUCCUCAACCUG